AUGUUGAGCAAUUUGAUUUGGAUGUUUGUCCUGCUCUGCAUCUCUGUAGCAGAUGAAAACUCCAUCAGAGACGCUGACAUUUUUCCUUCAUCUCCUGAAAUUGAAAGAGGAUCCUCCCUGAAACUAUCCUGUGUUCUUAGAAAGAACUACACACCACAGAGAAAUGCAAGCCACAUCAUUUGGAAAUUGAAUAAUGAAUUGAUUGCUCCAGAAAACUAUAACAUUGUGAAUAAGACUGUAUCUAAUAUAACCAUCCAUAAUUUCACUUACAGCAUAGCUAAUGUAGAAUGUUUAAUUAAGUACUCGGACAAGGAACUACCUUUGGCUCACACAGAAGUUAAAUCUGGCUUUCGUCCAGACAUGCCAGAAAAUAUUUCCUGCAUUUAUUUCUAUGAUGUUAACCUUACCUGUACCUGGAAUGCAGGAAGAAAAACAAGUCUUACGACAAACUAUACUCUUUACCGAAAACUGAUGUCUUCUCCAGAUUUAGUUAAACCCUGCCCGGCUGUAACAGAGUCGUGUUCACUUUCUCAUUCUGACAAUGUUUAUAGUAAUGAUUUUUGUUUUCAAGUGGAAGCUAAAAAUGUUUUGGGUGCAUCCUUAACAGAGUGUGUCCCUAUACCUUUGCAAAAAAUAGAGAAAUUUGCCCCUCCUGAAAUCAUUUCAGUUAAAAAAAUCCCUGGUAUAAAGCAGUUACUUACAGUAAGCUGGAAAAUGCCUGAGAAGAUUAUCCCUUUAAAACAUAUUAUUUGCCAGGUUCAAUACAGAAACUUGUAUUCAAACUUUACCGAAUUUGUCAAUGUCUCACUGAAUUCUAAGAAGAAAAUAGGAUCAUGUAAUCUCACAGGUCUGUGGGACUCCACAGACUAUUCUGUUGCCAUUCGGUGUGUCAAUAAUGAGUCAGCAUUUUGGAGUGGAUGGAGUGGAGAGAAAAAUGAAAGCACAGAAGAAAAUGCUCCUUCAGGAAAAGUGGAUUUGUGGAGAGUAAUUGAGUCUUCACGCUCAUCUAGAAAUAGAUCUGUACACCUUAUGUGGAAGCCAUUAAAAAGCUUUCCGCCUUCUGGGAGAAUUCUAGGCUACAAAAUACAGUAUUUUCCAGAAAACAAGGCUGCACAUAAAAGGACAAACUAUUCUACUGAACAGAAAAUGACCUUACUUUUAAAUGAAGAGGCACAUAUAAUAUCUGUCACUGCUUAUAACUCUGCUGGAGAGUCUCCUGAAGCUAUUUUGAGGAUUCCAUCCACUGAUGAAAAAUCCUCUCAGAUGAUUGAAAAAGUGGUGACCUCUGCAACAAAUGAAGAAGUGGUGGUGCAGUGGAUAACCUCUGAACCAGAAACAACCAAAUACGUGGUUGAGUGGUAUGAGGAAUUGGAGAUGGACCCUUUUGGUAGAUCAUGGCAAUAUGUAUCAAAUUCUACAAAGUGGAAAAGUAACAAAAAAAACUUUAAACCAUUUAUAUGCUAUAACAUCUUUGUGUAUCCUCUUUAUGGAAGUAAUGUAGCAGCUCCAUCUUACACACAAAUCUAUGCUGAAGAAAAAAAGCCAUCAGAAGGACCUGUGGCUGAUACAGGCAUUCUGGGGAAAAAUGAAGUUACAAUAAAGUGGAAUGAGAUUUCAAAGGCUAAAAGAAAUGGAUUUAUCACUAACUAUACAAUAUUUUAUAAACCCAAAAAUGGAAAAGAAUUGAAUGAAACAGUGAACUCUGAUGUUCUACAAUACAGACUGAAGUCCUUACAGGCUAAUACACAAUAUACUGUUCAGAUUAUGGCAAGCAACAAAGCUGGGGGAACCAUUGGAGAGCCAAAAACCUUCAAGACUUUAAAACUGGAUAAAGAAGAUAUCUUUUUUAUUGCUAUACCUGUUGAGAUAAGCAUUUUGUGUCUGAUAGGCCUUUGGAUAACGUGCGUUUUGAAAAAACACGUGUUUAAAAAGGUUUGCUGGCCUGAUAUACCAAAUCCUGAAGAAAGUCUUGCAGUGGAAUGGCCUCUUGCUUCAUCUGUGAAUAAUUCAUUUUUGAAGAGAAUGUCAUCUCAGACCAAAACUGUAGACUUUGAAGAAAUAAAUGUUUUGGAAUACUGUUUCCCUGAAGAAAGUCAGGAAGGAUCCCUACUAAUAAAUUAUGAAAACCAUGUUUCUGAAUGUACUGGUAUUAAUACAAAAGGCAUAACUAACAGAGAUGAAAAGAUACUGCAUAAUGAAGAGAAUGAAGCUGCUAAAAGGUUUUCCCCAUCCAUGCCUUAUAUAAUUACUGAUCAAUUUACCGGAAGUCAAAUGCAUUCAGCUUUGAUACCAGUGAAGGAAGUCCAGCCCAUAGAAGUGGUGGCAAGUGAUUUGUGUGGAUGCCGGCAGAAUCCAAUUAAAAAUGAAGAAAAUGACAAUGAGGAAGUGUUAAACCUGGAAGAUUUCAGUGAAAAGACACUGUUCAAUCCAUACCUUAAAAAUUCAGUUAAAACAAGGGAAUUCCUUGUUUCUGAGAGCUUGCCAGAGCGCAGUACGGAUGAAAGCAGAGACCAGUCAGGUGCCUUACUUCUUUUUCAACCAAAUGUUCUGGCACAAUCCUACAUAACAGUGGACAUGUUCAGGGUGGCCAAAGAUUGGUGUUCCUUGCUGCUGAGUUUAGUGUGUGAGGAGGUGACUGGCUCCCUCCAUUCACACUCGGACAGUCUGGAUGCUCAGGAAGCUUUAGAUGCAUGGAGGCUGGAGUCCAGAGCUACCGGCGGUGAUUGCUUAUCUGGGCGGAGCAGGGCAGAGAUUCAGGCUGCAGCCGCGCGUGAGAACAGGCUUCCUGUCAGCAAUUACAGCCCAUCCAUCGCAGGUCCGCCCCCGUGGGGACAAGGAACGGGAGACUGGGGCCGUUUCACGCGGAGCCGCUAUUGUGAGGCCCCAUCCGGGCACGGUGUGCCGGGCGGGAUCGGGGACAAUCCGAUCCGGGUGGCAGCAGGCGGGCGACCCGCUCAGGAGCCGGGGCUGGAGCAGUCAGCCGGCCGGCUGUUACGGGCGGCGUGUGCUGCCCUCUCCCGGCACGGCCCUGGCGGGCUGAACGGGCCACAGUGCCGGGAGAGGCCAGGAGUGGGGCUGUGCCGUGCCGUGCUGUGCCAUGCCGUGCCGUGCAGCGCCGUGCCGUGCUCUGCCGUGCUGUGCCAUGCCGUGCCGUGCCGUGGUGUGCUGUGCCGUGCUGUGCAGGACCAUGCUGUGCCGUGCAGCGCCGUGCCGUGCUCUGCCGUGCUGUGCCAUGCCGUGCCGUGCCGUGGUGUGCUGUGCCGUGCUGUGCAGGACCAUGCUGUGCCGUGCAGCGCCGUGCCGUGCUAUGCCGUGCUGUCCUUGCCGUGCCGUGCCGCUGAGAGCAGCGGGUCUGCAGCGCUCUGGGUCCCCAGGCGCUGCCCAGGCUGCCCCACGGCCCCAGCCCCACGGCGCUCCCUCGCUGGUCCCAGCACGGCUCUGCUCAGCUGCACCCCAGGAAGGCGUGCCCGGGCACUCACAGCCCUACGGACACUCCCGGAGCAGCUUCACUCGGGAUUCUGGCCCCAGAACCUGCUGCAUGACACUGCAGCCGGGUAA